AUGAUGUCUUACCUUAAACAGCCCCCUUACGGCAUGAACGGGCUGGGGCUGACGGGCCCCGCCAUGGACCUGCUGCAUCCCUCCGUGGGGUCCCCGGCCACCCCACGGAAGCAGAGGCGGGAGCGCACCACCUUCACGCGCUCGCAGCUGGAUGUGCUGGAGGCACUCUUCGCCAAGACCCGCUACCCUGACAUCUUCAUGCGGGAGGAAGUGGCCCUGAAGAUCAACCUGCCCGAAUCCCGAGUCCAGGUCUGGUUCAAGAACCGCCGUGCCAAGUGCCGGCAGCAGCAGCAGAGCGGCGGCGGGGCUAAGAGCCGUCCGGCCAAGAAGAAAUCCUCGCCGGCUCGCGAGAGCUCGGGUUCGGAGAGCAGCGGGCAGUUCACGCCACCGGCAGCGGCCUCCAGCUCGGCCUCUUCUUCCUCCUCCAGCUCAGCCUCGUCGGCCCCGGCGGGCGCCCCGGCUUCUCUCAGCACCCCGGCGUCGUCCAUCUGGAGCCCGGCUUCGAUCUCUCCUGGCGCGGCACCGGCAGGGGUGACGGUGCCUGAGCCCCCGCCACCGGGCCCCCCGGCCCGCACGCAAACGGCCGGCCCCGCCGCCGCCGCCGCCUCCGCCAGCUACCCCGUCUCCUACGGCCAAGGCGGGGGGUACGGGCAGGGUUACCCCGCGCCACCCUCCUCGUCCUAUUUCGGGGGCGUGGAUUGCAGCUCCUACCUGGCGCCCAUGCACUCCCACCACCAUCCUCACCAGCUCAGCCCCAUGGGGCCCUCCUCGGUGCCCGGCCACCACCACCACCACCCGCUGAGCCAGAGCUCUGGCCACCAUCACCAUCACCACCACCACCACCACCAUCAGGGUUACGGCGGCACCGGGCUGCCCUUCAACUCCUCUGACUGCCUGGACUACAAGGAGCCUGCCGCUGCCGCCGCCGCCUCCUGGAAGCUCAACUUCAACUCCCCUGACUGCCUCGACUACAAGGACCAGGCGUCCUGGCGCUUCCAGGUCUUGUGA